AUGUCAUAUAAAAACCAAGAACCUCAACUAUGUCCUCGUUGUGGUCAUGCAGCUUUUCAUGCUGAAUCACUUCCGGCUGCUGGAAAAAUGUGGCAUAAAGCUUGUUUUCGAUGUGCUCUUUGUAAAAAAUCAUUGGAAGUAACAACAGUGUCAGAACAUGAUGGUGACUUAUAUUGUAAGCAAUGUUAUACUCGUAAAUUUGGUAUUCGCGGCGUUGGUUUCGGCAUUGGAGCUGGUGCACUUGGAAUGGAUACAGGCGAACGAUUUGGAAAUACACAGUCACUUUCGAAUAAACCCAACUAUCCUCCAAUGCCUGGUAUUACACCACCACCUAGCUAA